UCACAUCGUCUUGCUGUCUUGUAUUGCACAGCGCGCGAAGCUUUCUUCGUUGAGGAAUCAGUGACUCAGUAAGAAGCCGAGUAGAAAAGAUGUCGGCGAGAGAUUGGAUUGGAACGGAUGAAACCGCAAAGCAGUACCUGUCUAGGGUUCUAACAGAGCGACCUUUCGUGCCACUCCCGCCUCCUCUUCACCGCCUUCCUCUCCGCGCCGGCAACAUCGUCGAGAUCGUCGGCCCUUCGCCUUCCGCCAAAACCCAAAUCCUUAUACAGGCUUCAAUAAACUGCAUUCUGCCCAAGGAAUGGAAAGGCGUGCAUUAUGGAGGUUUGGAGCGCCCAGUGAUGUUCAUCGACUUGGAUUGCCGUUUCGAUGUUUUGAGCCUUUCAGGUUCACUAAAGCAGCGCAUACUUAAAGCCAAGGGAAAGAGUAUGCCAUGCUUAAAGGAAGCAGAUGCCAUAUAUGACAAAGAAUUAUUUGCAGAAAGCAUGAGACGGUUCUUGUACAUCCGUUGCUAUGAUAGUAUCCAGUUUCUGGCUACACUUAAGACAAUGCAUCACCAGCUUCAAAUGGCAAAAGAGGCACAUGGAAUUGGUGCUUAUUUAAUGGUGAUUGACAGGUUUUCUGGAGUUUGUAUUGGAGCUUUUCACUGGAUGGAUCGUGCUUCUGCAUUUAUGCCACAAGGGAGCAGCAACAGGAAAAGUCUCUCUCUUCAAAGUGUAUCAGAAACUGUGGUUCAGGAGAUUCGGAAGAUUCUGUUGGUUCAUCCAAUGCUUGUCCUAAGUACUAAAGCAGUUAGUUUAGAGGAUAAGCAUGCAUCAAAUGAAGUUGUAAGGAAUGUGGGGAAGUGGCCUGCUCAAAACUCCUUGGAUUCUACAAGUGUUAGGAGUAGGGCAAAUAUUCUACCAUUUCGUGAGUAUAUGCCUUCAGUCUGGCAGUCCUUUGUUUCUCACAGAAUGCUUGUGCGCCCUUCAGGUGAUAGCGAUGAGAAUAAAAAUCAGCUCACUUAUUUUACAGAGUGGCUGUUGCCAACACUGAAGUUAUCAGAAAAGUUUAUUAUCAAUAAUGAUGGUGUUUUUACGAUAGAUCAAGUGCAUCUGAAUGUAGAAUGAAUAUCUGAGCACUGGUUGAUGAUCACCUGCUUAGUGUGAAGUCAGAAUAUUAAUUAGAAGUGCAGCUUUCAUUUUCAAUUGGCUUCACUUGUUCAUCAAGGAUUUCUAUGCUGGUUUAAACAGACACCAGAAUAAGCAUUCCUGCUAUCUUCUUCGUGACUUAAUAUUUGCUGCUACAGUGUCGAAGAAGAAUUUGUGGUUGCUCCACUUAUAAUUUUCGGUCGAAGUGCAAAGCAGUAAAAUUGAUGGCGACAAGA